AUUGAUAGUUUAGAAGGGAAAUAAAUUAUAACACUUAAAUGAUCAUGUAAAGGAGCUAAGAAAACAUUUUUAAGAAGACGAUGAAAAAUAUUUUAAUGAUAAAUAAUAAGAAAGAGGAUUAUAAAGAUUGAUAUAUGAGGUAGAUGAAUUAAAAUAAGAAGUUGAUAAUAUGAAUAGUAGAAUAACAGUAUUAAAAUAAUAAUAAUAAAUAAUUGAUGAGAUUAGAAUGUAAUUGUUGAAUUGAUUGAUUAAUUGAUUAAUUGAAUUCAUAUUUGGUUUAAGAUGGACAUAGUUUAAUUGAAAACGAUAAUGUACUUGAGGAGAUUAAAUUUUUGGGUAGUGGAAAGCAAAUAGAAGUUUUAAUCCAAGUAAUGUAAUUCAUUUAUAAUAGAUAAUAUUAAAUAUAUCAAAUGAAUUGUUAAGUUAAUUAAGAGAUGCAGUUUUAAAUAGUUUAGAAGCAGAUGUUAUAAAUGGAAUAAGAAAAUAGUAGAUUAUAUAAUAAAUUGACUGGAGAAAUUAAAAGCUAUGAUUGAAAAACUAUUUUAUAGUUUUUAGGUUGAAAGCGAGAGAUAAUAUUAAGAAUUAGAUGUAAAUAAGUAUUAAAUCUAAAGAAAGAAGGAGUUUAAAGAAGUAGGUCAAUAAUUAUAUGAUAGAAAU